AUGCCCCCAGCGCCGCAGGCGCGACGGGAGCCUGUGCGGGGCGCUGCUGGAGCUCGCGCCUCCGCGGACAGGCUGGUGCAGAAGCUACGAAGGGAAGUCGAGAGGUGGAAGGCAGAAGCGGCGAAGGUGCAGCCCCCAGCGAAACGAGACGGUUGCAGCCUGAACGCCGACGCCUCGCCUUUCGUGACUUGCGCCAUGAUGUGGGAGUUCGUCGUGCCGUUCGUCAACCCGCAGACCGACGAGCCGUUGUGGUGUUGGCAGUGGAUUCAGGCCGACGCGGAGGAACCAGCGGGCGAGAAGGACGGGCAGUGGCAGCUUCAAGAACAGUGGCAGCCGCGCGAGAAGGGCGGCCAGUGGCAGCUUCAAAAGGGCAUGCCCUACGCGUGCGAGAAGAUAGGGCAGACGCAUGCGGGUGAGAAGGACGGGCAGUGGCAGCCUCAAGAAGAUCAGCCUGACGUCAUCAGCUACCGCGCGGCGUGCAAUAAGGACGGACAGUGGCAGCCCCAGAGAGACGGGCCCUGUGCGUGCGAGAAGAAUGGGCAGUGGCAGCUCCAGGAAGGCAGGACCCAUGCGUGCGAGAAGGGCGGGCAGUGGCAGCGUCAAGAAGGCAGGCAGUGGCAACCACAAGAAGACGAGCCAGACGCCAUCAGCUACAGCGCGUUGCGCAAGAAGAACGGACAGCGGCAGCCUCACAGAGCCGGACGUUGUGCGUGCGUGAAAGACGGGCAGUGGCAGCUUCAGGAGGGCAAGGCUUCUGCGCGCGUGAAGGCCAGGCAGUGGCAGCCCCAAGAAGACGAACCAGACGUUACCAGCUACAGGGUGGCGUGCAAAAGAGACGGGCAGUGGCAGCCUCAAGAGAGGAAGGGGCCAACAUGCGCUAAGGACAGGCAGUGGCAGCUUCCAGGACGAGAGGCCAGCUCGUGCGAGAAGGACGGGCGGCGGCAGCCGAAGGCAGGACCCUGUGAGUACGAGACGGACAGGCAGUGGCAGCUUCAAGAGGGCAAGGCCGGCGAGUGCGUGCAAGGCGGGCAUUGGCAGCUUCAAGAACACGAACCAGAUGGCCUCAGCUACAGCGUAGCGUGGCAGCCGUCAGCGGGCGGGCAGUGGAAGCCGCGCGCUGGCGGACUCUGCACGUGCGGCAAGAGAGAGCUUUGCGAGAAAUACAGGCAGUGGCAGCAGAAGGCGAAGAUCCAAGCCUCUGGGAUGAACGAGCGCGAGAAGUGGGAGGCGAAGGUAGAGCCAGACGCCAUCUGCUACGGCGCUGGGAUCAGGGCAUUCGAGAAGAAGGCAAAGGCGAAACAAGAGCCCAAUAUCCCUAGCCCUGGCUACUCCCCGUCCCGCCUCGUCGCCACGGCUGGAUCCGAGAAAGCGAGCUGGGCCAUGUGGAAGGCCAGGGCCGCGAUCGCAGACGUGUGGCUAGCGGGAGGUGAAGUGAUGGAGCCGAGGCGGAAGGGGGCGAUCAAGUCGAAGCCCGCCAUCAUCAGCUACAGCGCAGGGAGCGAGCAGCGGGCGAUUGCGAGAUAA